AGUUGACUCGCGCCGGGAAGCGGGGUGUAGCGAGCCAUGGCUGUCUACAUGGGGAUGCUCCGCCUGGGGAGGCUGUGCGCCGCGAGCCCGGGGGUGCUGGGCGCCCGGGCCAGCCUCACUCGGGGUUGGCAGAAAGCGAGGUUGCAGGGCGUCCGUCUGCUGAGUUCCAGGGAGGAGGAUCACACUGCAACCCUGCCCAUCGGAGGCCUCAGCUACGUCCAGGGCCGAACCAGUUUGCGACUAAUCAACAAGACGGUGGGACAGUGCCUCGAGGACACAACACAGAAGUUCCCUGACCAAGAGGCCUUAAUCGUCUCCCACGAAAACGUCAGGUUGAACUUCACUCAGCUCUUGGAGGAGGUGAACAAAGCUGCUUCUGGACUCCUAAGUAUCGGCCUCCGCAAGGGCGACCGCCUGGGCAUGUGGGGCCCCAACUCCUACGCAUGGGUGCUCAUACAGUUGGCCACUGCCAAGGCGGGCAUCAUUCUGGUGUCUGUGAACCCAGCCUACCAGUCUUUAGAGCUUGAGUAUGCUCUCAAGAAGGUGGGCUGCAAAGCCCUCGUGUUCCCCAAGCAGUUCAAGACUCAGCAGUACUACGACAUCUUGAAGCAGAUCUGUCCAGAGCUGGAGACAUCCCAGCCCGGGGCCUUGAAGAGUCAGAGGCUCCCAGACCUGACCACCGUCAUCUCAGUGGAUGCCCCUCUGCCAGGGACCUUGCUCCUGGACGACGUGUUAGCAGCUGGCAGUGCCGAGCAGCAUCUGGCCCAGUUCCGGCACGCCCAGAAGUUCCUGUCCUGCCAUGACCCCAUCAACAUCCAGUUCACCUCGGGGACAACAGGCAGACCCAAGGGGGCCACCCUCUCCCACUACAAUAUUGUCAACAACGCCAGCCUACUAGGGGAGCGAAUGAAACUGCACCUGAAGCCGCCGGAGGAGUUGCGGGCAGUCCUGCCUGCUCCCCUGUACCACUGCCUGGGUUCUGUGGGCGGCACAAUGGUGAGCGUGAUCUAUGGCCUCACCCUCAUCCUGUCCUCUCCAGCCUUUGACGGCAAGAAGGUGCUGGAGGCCAUCAGCAAAGAGAGAGGCUCCCACCUCUAUGGCACCCCCACAAUGUACUUGGACAUUCUGAACCAGCCAGACUUCUCCAGUUAUGACAUCUCAACCAUGUGUGGAGGUGUGAUUGGUGGGUCUUCGGUACCCCCACAGCUGAUCCGAGCCAUGAGCAACAAGUUGAACAUGAAGGAGCUGGUGGUGGCUUAUGGAACCACAGAGAACAGUCCUGUGACCUUCAUGAACUUUGCUCAGGACACUCUGGAGCAUAAGGCAGAAACUGUGGGCAGAAUUAUGCCUCACACAGAGGCCCAGAUCCUGAACACGCAGAAUGGAGCCCUGGUAGAGCUGAACACACCCGGAGAGCUGUUCAUCCGAGGAUACUGCGUCAUGCUGGGCUAUUGGGGUGAGCCCCAGAAGACGCAGGAAGCAAUUGGACAGGACAAGUGGUAUCGGACUGGAGACAUCGCCAUGCUGGAUCAGCAAGGCUUCUGUAAGAUUGUGGGCCGCUCCAAUGAUAUGAUCAUCCGAGGUGGUGAGAACAUCUACCCCGCGGAGCUGGAGGACUUCUUUCACAACCACCCACAGGUGCAGGAAGUACAGGUGGUGGGAGUGAAGGAUGACCGGAUGGGGGAGGAGAUCUGUGCCUGCAUUCGAUUGAAGCAGGGGGAGAAGACCACAGCGGAGGAGAUCAAGGCUUUCUGCAAAGGGAAGAUCUCACACUUCAAGAUUCCCCGGUACAUCGUGUUUGUCACAGACUACCCCCUCACUGGCUCCGGAAAGAUCCAGAAAUACAAGCUUCGAGAACAGAUGGAACAACACCUAAACCUGUAAAUAAAGAGGGGAGGGGUGUCCUCCCGGGUCCUCUCUGCCCUCCCCUGACACUGCCCUGUCUGUACUUGUGAUUUGGCAUAAAGAGCUUCUUCAUGUUUUCUUU